AUGGCAUCUUUCACUGAUGACGUCAACUUUCUGGAAAUGUUCCCGGAAAAUUUUCCACAUACUCCUGAUGAAGAGCCAAUGAACCUUGAGCUAUUCGUGGAAUUAAUGGUUCAAUUCUAUGAAAUGGGCUGGAUGCGUGGCACAGGUGGCGCAAUGGGCUGCGUUGCCGAUGAUAAACUCUUCAUAUCACCAUCAGCCCUCCAAAAGGAGCGUCUUAAAACAUUGGACAUCUUUGUCUAUGACCUUAAAAGUAAGCAACAAGUUCAACGGCCGCUGAGCUCGAAAAUUGACGUCUCAUCAUGUUGUUCUUUAUUCUCGCUGAUUAUGAGGCAAACAGGAUCUAAAUGCGUGAUACAUAGCCACGGAAAAGCUGCUAAUCUUAUCACUCAACUUGUAAAAACGAAUAUUUUUGAAAUCUCACAUCAGGAGUACAUUAAAGGUGUCUACGACCCAUUCACUGGAAAAAAUUUCAGCUAUGAAGACACAUUAACUAUCCCGAUCAUCGAGAACCAACCGCAUGAAGGGCAACUACUAGUGACCCGCUUUGGACGAAUGCCUAAAGACUCAUCAACGCUCGUGUGCUGUUUUGGUUCGCAGUCAUGGUCUUUUCGUAUGGGGCUUAAUACCUGGGAAAAGACGAAAAUCAUGGCCGAAUGCAUAGAUUAUCUUAUUGAUCUGGCCAUAGAAAUGACACGACAAGGAAUACCGCUGGUGAAAGACGAAGUCAUUACAAAGACGGACAAUCCCGACGAAGACUACCAUCACAUCUUCUACUCAAAGUAG